AUGCCAUGCAUAGGAUUUGAUAUAUUCAGCAACCGUGCCCCAUCAUUAUGGAAAUCAAAAUUAACCUAA